UGGUUUCUGAGGACUUUUAUUGCGACCAAUGGGGAACCGCGCUUUUUACAAAGUACCGCGAGUCCAGGAAGUUCACAGCCCAUUGCGGUGUGAAAGGACAUGUUAAGCUGUUCUUCACACCUUCACCACCCACCUGUUCCUCCUGCCAUUGUUAUGGACUCCUCACCAGUACUUCGUAAACAAAAUCAGAACAAAAUCUGCAGUGAUUUUAAGAUAGUGAAGAAGGAACACAACAGAAUGCAAGUGGACCCAAAGCCCUCCAAACAUCUAUCAGUACGUCAGCUUUCUGAACAAGAUAGGGAGAAUAAAGAUCCAGGAAACUCAGAAAUGGCUAGAAAGUCACCUGUGCGAACCAGUGUAAGCAGACUUCCGGUGCUUGCAAAAACCCUUUGUCCUCAGACUCCAUAUGACUUCAGCCAGUCCCACUGUAGAUGGCAGGAGAAACCUCUGGCUGGGAAAGCUAAGAAGAAAAAAACAUGCACCAGGCCUGUACCUUUUAACUUCUCUCAGCCCAAGAGCACAAGAACAACCAGUAAAAAUCUGCAGCCUCUGAAUGUAUCACAGUCACGGACCAGCCAGCAUGAAGGCAGUGUGUGCAAGUCUCGUCUAAAAACCCAAAAAUUAAAUACAAAACCCUCUAAACAUCCAGCUUUGUUACAUAGCAACUGGGACUCAACACUGAAGACUCAUGAAAAGGCUACAGUAAAUCAAGUCCAUCCAUUAGAACAGUCUGGGUCUGUCAGCACAUUUAGGACUUCAACCAAUUUGUCCAGUCCUCUGUUAUCUAGCUCUAAUAACGUGAUGCAUCAGAGCAGUGCUCCUUCUGCAGAGACCUGCUUGGUUAACAUGAACCUCCUCAGUCUCAAAGAUCCAUCCAAGUCAGCGCUUGCUGGCAAGAGCCUGAAGCAGACCACACAGGGCAAUUUUUCAAGCAGUUCGACCGACAAAGGGGAGAACUUCCAACCUGACCACGCUGCUUUGCUCAGUAUCCUCCAGAAUGAGGGAGUAGGUGCCACAGGUCGGUGCCCUGUAACUCCACAGUCCAAACUCUAUAAUUGUCUGCCCCAGCGAGUGUCUGUCAUGAAGAGUCGACAAAAAGCCGGACCUUCUACAGUGAAGUCUGUGCAGUUCUCCCCAGAAGUCGCCACACCCCGACCCUCUGUCUGUCUGCCAGUCAGAGGCUCUUCAGCCUGCACACCUCAGAGGGUGCCUGUUAGAAAAACACAAGCAGAGCCAACUGCAGGACGAGUGGCAGUAGAACUCAAAGAGACUCCGUUGAAGAAAUCGACUGCACAGAGAGUUUGCAACACCAGACAUCAGCCCAUGUUUGAUGUGGAACGGCAUCUAUCACUGUAUGCCAGCACUCCCGGGCUGAGGAGCCGCACAAUCAACACUCGGCCACACCAGGAGCAGGAGGUUGUCCAGAGAUUAUUCGAUGAUGAAGAGGAGGAGCAGAGCACGAAUGUGACACAAACAGAGCAGACUACAACUCACUGUGAAGAGAAUGUAGACAAGAGCAAGGCAAACACCAGCGAGGAUGAGGAGCAGGAGCAGAGGAUCAUGGUCCAACAGCCGUUUUUCCAAGGGGAGUCGAUCAUUUUCUCGAUGGGCAAAAAGCUGUUCAGAGCCACACCGUUAGAGAAACAGGAGAGCUCACCCCAUCAGAGUCAGCAUGGCCCAGUUUCAUCAGAGCAGAGAAAGACACCGCCAAUGUAUGGAGAGAUAACAUCUGUGGCAACGUGCCACAUUAAAGCUUCCGCUCCGAGUCUGCACAGAGACCUCAUUGUUCAGAAGAGUGGUGCCCUGAGUUCUGCAGCGGCACUGCUGCGUAAGCGUCUUCUUCCUCUGGAGGAGCUGCGUCUGGAUGAAGAGGUGGCCACCUACACAUCAGUGUCUGUCCCUGUGGCACCCGGGUUUGUGCCACCUCGAGCCCGCUGUGGAAAUCCACUGGCGUCCAUCCUGCACUUUGAAGAGUCCACUAAAUUUGUUCCGGUCAUCUCCGAUCUCGUGUCUGGCCCUUCCUCUUUGCACAGCUCUGCACUGCAGGAGCGAUGAGUCGCACAGUGAAUACGGUAUUUGGAAAAGCCUUCUCUGGUGAACUGAUGAGACUCUAAGGAAAUGGAUGAUGUUGUCCAACACUGUUGUUACCGGCCUUAACAUAAGCUCUAAGAACUCUACUAGUAUCAUUUUAGAAACCCAUUUUAACACGUUUAUAAAUGUGUAUGGUUGAUUUCUUUAAAAUAAAGGUUAUGGCUGUUAAAUGAAGCCUCUUUUUAUUACAGACACUAAUGGGUUUCAGCAGUGUAAAUGCACUAAAGUGGGGAAAAGAAGUGUUUUAAAGGAUUAGUGAUGACUCGAUCAGUGUUAUAGCUGUAGUACGCACAGAUACCUAGAUCAGGAUGGUUCAGGCCAUUACAGAAUUUUGUUGAGUGAAUUGUAAAUAAUGGAUUUUAUUAUGUACAAGGUUUAUAAUAAACUUAUAUGUUAC